AUGAUCAACGUCGGGUUCUACUCGAGAGCUCAGCCGGAAUUCUUCCAAAGCUCUGGUGUCCAAUGGGACAUGACGGCGGUGGAGAAGGCGUACCAAUGGAUCGAAGAGACGGUCGUGUCUCGACCCGAGUUGAGCCCUUGGCAGUCGGCGUUCCGAGAAGCGCUUUUGGAAGCUGGGGUUGGCCCUGAUAAUGGAUAUGAUUUGAAACAUGGUGUUGGGACAAGAACUGGAGGUUCUAUUUUUGAUUCUAGAGGAAGAAGACAUGGAGCUGUGGAACUUCUCAACAAGGCUGAUCCUAGGAAUCUCCGAGUUGCAACCCAAGCCACGGUCAAGAGAAUCAUCUUCUCUCAAUCUAAUGGUUUAUCUGCAAGUGGAGUCUUAUAUUCCGAUUUCAAAGGCAAACUCCACAAAGCAACCAUUUCCAAAAAUGGAGAAAUCAUUCUCACCGCCGGCGCUAUUGGGAGCCCACAUCUUCUCCUCCAAAGUGGGGUUGGCCCAAAAUCUCAUCUUUCAUCCUUAAAACUACCUGUCGUCCUCCAUAACCGACAUGUCGGCCAAUCCAUGGCCGAUAACCCUCGCUUCGGAGCCGCCAUCGUCCUCCCAUUUCUCACCCCGCCGACGUCCGUACAAGUCGUCGGAACUUUAAAACCCAACAUCCACAUCGAAUCCCUCUCAAGUAUUUUACCCUUUUCAAUCUCCCCACCUUUUGGCCUUCUUCCUCCUCGUUCCACCGCCGUGAAUCUCAGCCUAGCCGUCUUCGCCGGUAAAUUCUCCACCGUGUCCUCCGUCGGCACCCUCCGUCUCGACGGGAGAAAAAACCCAAUUGUACGAUUUAAUUACUUAUCACAUCCGGAUGAUGUUGAACGGUGCGUUGAAGGGGUUAGAAAAGUUGGGGAUUUGGUGAAUACCAAAAGUAUGGAGAGGAUUAAAACAGGGGAUUUGGAGGGUAAAAAGGGGUUUGAGUUUUUGGGUGCUCCGUUGCCGGAAAACAUGUCGGAUUAUAAAUUGGUCGGAGAUUUCUGUCGGAAAACGGUGACGACGUUUUGGCAUUACCAUGGAGGAUGUUUGGUCGGAAAAGUGGUGGAUGAUAAUUACAGAGUGAUCGGAAUUAAGAAGCUUCGUGUUGUUGAUGGUUCGACUUUUUCUCUGUCGCCGGGAACCAAUCCGAUGGCCACCGUGAUGAUGUUGGGCAGGUAUGUUGGCCUCAAGAUGUUGCAACAGAGAUUGGGUUAGGGUGGAUGAAUUUUUUUGUAAUUUGUUGAAUAAUAAGUCCACAAGGGGUGAAAUUGUAAUCGAUACUUUAUUCAUUGACCUAUAUUCAAAUCGACAAUUGAAUUUAUUGAAAUCUCUAUUCAUAUGAGAUGUUUCUCGAUACCAAAAAC